UCCAUUUCUCUUUGUUGGGCUGCCUCUGGUAUUGUCUCCCCCUCUCUCCUGCUCUCUGAUGCUCCCACCAUAUAUUUCCAAAAAACCCACAAAACUUUAUUAAAGAUAAAGAUUAAAGAGAGAUCUCUCGAAAGAAAGAAAGAAAGAAAGCAAGAAAAGAAAAAAAACCAUGGUUUUCUCUUCUUUUCCUGCAGUAUAUUUAGAUCAUCCCAAUUUGCACCAGUUACAGCAAUCUGAGCAACAUCAGCGAGGAGGUGGGUUUGAGAAUCCGCCGCUUCAGGCGGCGGCGCCGGCGGGUGGCGGUGCGGGGUCAAUCCGGCCGGGUUCUAUGGUGGAUCGAGCUAGGCUAGCCAAGAUUCCGUUGCCGGAGGCGGGGCUGAAGUGUCCGAGGUGCGAUUCCACGAAUACUAAGUUUUGUUACUUUAACAACUACAGCUUGACGCAGCCGCGUCACUUCUGCAAGACGUGCCGGCGGUACUGGACAAGAGGCGGCGCGCUGAGGAGCGUCCCCGUCGGCGGCGGCUGCCGGAGGAACAAGAGGAGCAAGAGCGGCAACCACGGCGCGAAAUCCGGGUCCGCGGGGGCGGCCGCAGCCGCCGCCAGCUCGGAGAAACAGGCGGACGGAGGCGGUGGCUCUAACUCCACAUGCGCAAGCCCUACGGACAUCACCGGACAUUUCCCGCAGCUGCCCUUCAUGGCCGCCGCCGCCGCGUUUCAAAACCUAAACCACUACGGCGGAAGCGGCAGCCUGGGCGGAUUCCAGCCGCCGCAGCUGGCGGCCACAAGCGGCGCCGGAAUUGGCGAAAUGGGUUUCCACCUCCCAGUUUUAACCGGCUUCGAGCAGCCUCCCCACACCAACGUAUACCCCCCUUUUCACAGCGAAGGAAUCGAAGCUUCAUCGUCGGUAAAAAUGGAGGAAAACCGCCAAGGUUUGAACAAUUCAACAAAACAAUUCUUAGGAACCCUGGAAAACAAUCAAUAUUGGGGAUGGAGCGGGUUUUCGGGUCUUAACUCAUCUUCUUCCACCACCCAUCUUCUAUGAUCUGCUUCAAACUUCACAACCCUAAUAUAUAUACACGCAAGAAGGUGAAGUGUCACAAGGCGGGCUGGGUAUCACUCUCAGGUGUUGGCUGCGGGUUUUCUUCGUCAUUGAUCCAAACAAAAGAAGGUGAAGUAGUGCCAGUUAUUAUCAUCAGCAUGCAUGAGACCAGCUUCAUUCAUGUGUUUUAUCAUUAUAUAUAUUAACCAUGAAAUGUUACUUCAUUCCUAUGUGGUAGCUAAGCUAGAGUUUGUAUCGUUCUAAUAUAAAGUCCAUCUAUCUUUCGUAUUUGUUCUGAUCUUAAUCAGUUUCAUUUCUUUCUUGUAAUCUUGGUGUUCUUUCAUUUUGUGUCGUGCAUUUUGGCUUGUUUUCAUGGGACAAACCUAGUA